AAUAAAUAGGCAUUGCAUUUGGAAUUGGAGAAUCUGCAGAAAGGAAUGACACAAUCAGAAAAAACAUAUAAACAUAUGAUUGGUGAAGAUUUGGAAUUGCUAAAUUUUAAGGAGUUACAAUGUCUUGAAAAGAAAAUUAAAUUGAGUGUUAGGAAAAUACACUCAAGAAAGGAGAAAAUGCUGCUAGAGCAUAUUCGAUCCCUAAAAGUGAAGGAAAAAUCACUUACAGUGGAAAAUGCAAAUCUGGUGAAUAAGGAAAAAUCACUUACAGUGGAAAACGCUAAUCUGGCGAAAAGGAUUGAGAAAAGUCGGACGCAGCACUUUAACAUUGACAUCAUGGAAGGUGUCACCAAUGAUUUGGAAACUCAACAAGAUCCGCCUCAAACUGAUCUCAAUCUCGUCCUGUCAUGAAUUCAAGGGCACUCUAUGGUCCAUGAGGUUUUCAGCAACUUACUUCAGGCGUUCUGAAGCUCCUACUCUAUUUAAUGAGAUCAUAUAUUAGGAAGUCCAAAGAUUCCAUUAAAGUUGUUAUACUCACAUAUCUUUCACUUAGUUUGCUGUCUAUGCUUAUGAUUUGAGCUUGAUGUUCACAUUUUAUCAACCUGAAAAUAAUUUCUGGUUUCAAAUUUCACAGCGUCUUUUAGUUUUCUUUC